AUGGUGCUGAAGUCUGGAGCUUCGUCGUUUAUGUCUUUGUUGUUGUUACUUGUAGUGUUUGCAGCUAUGCGGCUGUUUGCAGAAACGUUAUCUUCUUCACAAAUUUUGACAAUCUUUGGUGGAUUUUUCGGGAGUUUAAUUUUCGUCCUAUUAAUAACGUUUGUAAAUAAUUUCGAAAGAACACUUUUUGGUGAUGAGUUUUGUUCCGGAGUCUUUCCUGAAGUGGCCAUAUGCAUUUUUAUUGCCUGUUCUUUCUCUGCGACUAUACAUCGGGUGUGCGGCACGACAUGUUUCAUAUUUUCGCUGGUGAUGUUGUAUUAUCUGAGUCGUAUUUCUCAUGAAGUUUAUCAAAGUAACGAGCAAGUUGCCACAAGCAGCUCAUCGAGAAAGAAAAAAUGA